UGCGAUAGGCACUGCGCUGGUUAGAUACCGCAAACAAGACGUAAUUCUUUACUCAAGCUUUUUAUAGGGCUAACCAAACGCGCCGCCCAAAAGCAGCAUUCUGGAGCGGCUUAAAAUCUAUAGCACUGCCGUCAAACCUCUGCUGGGAAAUAAAUAGCGGAUGCAAACACACCUUAACGCGUUAGGAUACACAAAGGCGCUUUGCGGUUGAGUGCAAUUUUGCUACAGGAAUCAAAGACAUGAAAUAAACAGCCUCAGGAUGAAGCGAACCAUAUGACGUCGAGCACGUACACGGUUGGUUACUAUACCACUUCAUCUGCAAGCGAGAGGGGUUCCUGUCAAGGUGAGAAAGAAUUCACUUAAAUGGAAAAAAAAUAAUCAUACAAGGCUAUGAAUGCACCACAGUAGACCUCAACUCACAAUGAGAAAAAUGAAAAGCAAAAGAUUUCAUCACAGGACUGCUGUAUCUACAAGAAAGCAUUGUGCUUAAGACAAGGUCAUCUUCACCGAAAGCCAAGGACGACACAAAAACAAAGCUAUAUAUAUUUUUUAAUCAUUAUUUUUGCUCCUAUUUUGAAACUGAUAAGGACAAUUGCCCUGAUAACACCCUCUCCCUGGUUCCCCUUAUGUGUGAUUCGCUUUGCCCCUUUGAAAUCACGGAAAUGCUCCAGCACAACAAUAACAACAAUUACUUGUGCUUGGAGCGGGGGUGUCACAACAGAAAAAUAAUUGUAGAAAACAGCGGUGAGUGUGGUGGCGGGGGAGGAGGUGGGGGAGGGGGUGACAAUCUACCGCAGGCCACUUCAGAAACAGAGAGACGGGGCGCCCAACGUCAGGGCCCCAAAAUAAAAGGCCUAAGGAAUCGAACGGUAAGCAAGGCCUGUGCCAAAAACAGGAAGAAAGCCAGGCUCACAAAGCCAGACCUUCAAGCUCUUUCCCAAGCCCUGGGUGGAAUUACAGCCUGUCAGACGAGGCUGGUGUCAGAUUCGCUGGUAAACAAUACCAUCUCCUGCUUGAAUACAAGCAGGUCCUAUUCCAGUCGUUCAGAGAAAAGCCACGACGGCCCUGGGAUUCUUACAGAUGUAAGCGCUCUCAGUCGAAGCAGUAUCAGCAGCCUGCGAUCACCGGUAACCGUGGCAACUUUAGAAGCUUCUGAAGUGAACCAAACAGUGGCUCCCACAACAGUAAAGGCCUCAUUCCUGAGUACCACAGCAAGAGACCAAUACUACAGCACUGGGAGAAUUUACAUAAGUCUUACUUCCCAACCACAGGCUAUUGGCAGACAUGACUUUCUUCUAAACCUCCGGGGAAGGGAAGAUAGGAAUAUGACCGGGGAAGCUGCUUUCCCUGGGCAGGAGGAUGGGGUUGUCCGAUCCAGUAACGGAGACGGGAAAGCAGUGGAAACAAACGCACAGCCUUUGGCAAAAGAUGUCAUAAUAGCCGGGGAAGGCUUUAAGACUGCUACAGUGCAUGAAUCCUGUGGCAAUGCAGUGGAGCAGAAGAAGGGCUGGGGUUUUGCACAGGCUGAUGUGGACAAGCAAGGAGAAGACGAAGACGACGUGAAAGAAUCGAUCGUUGACCCUUGUGUGCUGGGAAGACGCGAUACCAAAAACGCAGGGGCGGGUAGCGCUGAAGACUGCAUGAGGAGUGGUUUCAAUCGCUGUACGCAGAGUGACGAUGUUCAGAGGAAAUUAGUAGAUCCAAGGUGCGAGCAUCAAAAGUGCCACCCAGGGACAAACAAGGAAGGCAGCAGACAACUCGCUGGAGAUCUGGGGACGGAGAACAAGCAGGCUAUCUCUGCAGCAUCGGAGCUUCAUAACCAUUGCUGCUGUUUGGAAAUGACGCUGGAGAACCGAUCAGGGCAUUGGACACAGGGAGAUAAAAAUAGCCGAACAGAGGAUCACGUGGACUCCCAAAUCCAAAAACGCAAUGCUGGGGAUUGGAGGAGUGGAAUUACAUGCCGUGGGUGUCACCGGCAGGGAAAUGUGGAGAAUGGGCAAAGCGAAAGAAGGAUCACAGAUCUUGCAAAAUAUGAAACCCCAAACCAUAAUCCUGCAGAGAGCAGUGGUGAAAUGACAGAUCAUGCUACUGUAAGGGUUAAGAAGCUUGAGGGAACUAGUAGUAGAAAAACCAAUAGGCUGGACAGCAGGCCCGUGGAAAAGUGCACAGCAGAUACUUCUGAUCUUGCAGAAUAUUAUCGCUGUAACCCAGGGGGCUGUGAAUGUUGUGAAAUCACUUCUCUAAGGCAAAGAAAGCUCCAUGGAGUAUGCCAUGAAGAAGCAGAUAAUGUAAGGCAUGGCCAUGUCUGUGCGUCCAAUAGGGGAGACUCCUAUGAAGGUCUGGCUACUCACUUUGCCUCUGCUUUGGGUAACAGUCAGUUUGAAGCAUGCGCUUCAGUGCAGCAGUUGGCCCAAGGAGAAAGACUGGGAGUUGGUUCAUGUGGCAAUCACUUCUCAGAAUGUGCCAAGGCCUGUGAAAAGCACCCGAGCCUGGCUCUAGACUCUUUGACAGGAAAGACUGAAUGCACACCCAUGCCAAAAGAUUUGAUCUGUAGUCAUAGAAACGACAGUGCGGCACAGAGUCAGGGCCUGAAAAAAAAAGCAGGCCGCAUGGAGCAGGGGGCUUUAUUAUCGGGGUUUCACACUAGCCAGGCAGGCGAGCAAGUCAGCGAUUCAGACACAGCCCCCGUUUCAGACAACACACUUCCAAUGCGGUUUGAUAAGCCUGCUGCAGCAGCCGCUAGGCCUGAUCUGUCAGUCUCUGUAACCAAGGCAACGUUCGCGGCACAAGAGAGCUCAGCAGAGGUCGGAGGUCAUUCUCCUUCUCUCUGCACGACCGGGGAGAUUAGUAAUCAUGACAGUGCAGCGGCUAAUGACAGGGAGGGCCCCAGUAUUGAACAGGCAGUAGAUGAUGAGGAGUUUGGCCUUUUUGAGAAAGCAGGGGAUCGCCUCCACUGGGACGAAGGAUUUGCAGAGUUUGAACAAGUGCCUUGCUGGCACAAGGGCUGUGCUGAUGUUGCUGUCAGUCCACAGUCCACCUCAUUGGACGGUUGGACUGCCUUCUCAGAGGAGGACACCAGUGGAUUUGGACCGGGAAAGGAGACAGAGCAGGACAGAGACAGUGGUGGACAGUGGUGGUUGGACAGUGCUGUAGAGGAGACCAGAACUAUACCAUCCACCCCUCUGGACCUGUCCAGGAUCUUUCAAGACUGCUUUCCUUCUGUGACAUCAUCACACUGGGAGACAGACAAGGUCCCAUCUCUGAGAGAACAGAUGCAAAGGCCAGCCUCCAGUCUGUGGGAGGGACUCCAGGAUGUGAACGAGGCAAUUGGUUUAAAAUACAAGUGGGCGGGAUCUGGUGCCCAAAAACUCCUCCUACAUUCCCUUCACAGCGACCUGACCAACGUGGGUUCUUCAACGAAGACUCCUAGGUUCUUGGACUCUCCCUCACUGAGGAAAGACAGGACGGUGCGGCCAUCAUUUUCGUCUACCUCUGCCUGUGAGCGCAGGGAUUCAUCCCUUAUCACGGACCCUGUCGCCUGCCCCCAGCUCAGUAGAGCCAGCCCUGACCACAGGCUCAAUCUAUUCGAGCAGCGGACCCCAGCGGAGAGGAUUAGGAAGAUAAAGUUCUCCUACGACCCCAACAAGAACAUGCUGGCGUGAGCUCUGGGCCUUCACCACACCUCCUCCCUCAGUCUACAGCUCUGGCCAAAAGUUUUGCAUCCGCAAGAACGUUAGGCUUGAGACAUCAUUAAAAAAAAAAAAAAAAAAAAAAAA